AGUUCAUACAGUUACCCUCACGAAACCCUUUGCAACACAGAGAAACGCAUUUUGAAACAAAACCCUAAUCCCCAAAUAAAACAAGUGUUUCCCCUAAUUCACUAUCCAAGGCGACAGAAAUGGACCAACUUUUUAUGCUCAUCCGCCGUUGAUUGUCGCCUGCGUCACCAGCUGUCGCCUUUUGCAGUUGAAGCCAACUGAUGGUGAUUUAAGUUUUCAUGAUAUUCUCUGACUAGUGAGGAACCAGGAACUGUUUAGCUGUGGAAUAUUAGCAGCUUCUUUUGGAAAGUUGCAUUUUAAAGGUCUCUAUUGUCUGUCAUUGUUGCUCAGCCCUUCAAUAGAAACAAUGGGCAGUUCAUUUAAUGCUCAAAUCUUGGUGGAAAAGCUAUCCAAGCUUAAUAACUCACAAGCAAGCAUCGAGACUUUAUCACAUUGGUGUAUUUUCCAUAUGAAUAAGGCAAAACAAGUUGUUGAAACUUGGGAUAGACAAUUUCAUUGCUCUCCACAUGAGCAGAGAUUGGCCUUUCUGUAUCUUGCCAAUGAUAUUUUGCAGAAUAGCAGGCGUAAGGGAUCUGAAUUUGUUGGUGAAUUUUGGAAAGUUCUUCCUAAUGCUCUCCGUGUAGUGAUUGAAAAUGGAGAUAAAUUUGCAAGGAAUGCUGCAUUGCGCCUGAUCCGUAUAUGGGAAGAGAGAAAAGUAUUUGGUUCUCAAGGACAAAUUCUGAAGGAAGAGCUUGUUGGCACACAAUCAGAAAACAAUAAUAGAAAUGGCAGGCAUGUAGGCCUCAAGUUGCAGAAGCAACCUGUUAAAAAUACGGUGGACAAAAUAGUUUCAGGCUAUGAUGUCAUUUAUGGUGGUCAGAUGGAUGAAAAUGUUAUAUUCAGCAAAUGUAGGAAUGCUAUUAGUUGUAUUGAGAAAGUAGAUAAAGAGAUUGGGACCGAUGUCAAUACAGGGAAGUUCAAUGGAUCUACGCUUGUGGAGGAGGUCCAGGGUCAGCAUGCUGUAUUGAGAGACUGCAUCGAGCAGCUAACAGCUGUUGCCUCAUCAAGAGCUAGUCUAGUCUCAUAUUUGAGAGAGGCUCUUCAGGAGCAGGAGUUCAAGUUGGAGCAAGUUCAUACUGAGCUUCAGGCUGCACAGUCCCGAUCGGAACAUGCUGCUAAUAUCUGCAGACUAUUUUUAAAUAUUGACAAUCCCCAGUUGGUAGCUGAGCAAAGUUCAAAGGGAUCUCAAACAUCUGUUGCAGCUCAAAGUUUUAUUCCAUCAGCUAUGGAGCAAUCAGCUCCUGUCAUGUAUGCCCGGCAAGCAUCUUUUGUUGAUAAUUCUGGCCACAUUGAGGAAGAUCCUCGGAAAUCUGCAGCUGCUGCAGUAGCUGCAAAGCUAACUGCAUCAACUUCCUCUGCCGAGAUGCUUUCCUAUGUCCUGUCUUCUCUUGCUUCUGAUGGUGUCAUUGGUAAUCCUUUGAAAGACUCAUCUGGUGAUUACCCUUCUGAGAAGAGGCCUAAGCUUGAGAAUGACCAGUCUUACAUGCCAUCUCAGAAUCCUCAAGCUUCAGUUUCGCCAUUCCCUCAUCCUGAAUCUCUCCAACACAAUGCUGUGACCACCACCAAGCGGUUGACUCAAAAUAAUGAAGUGCCACCACCUCCAUCAUCGUCUCCUCCACCACUGCCGCCGAUGCCACCAUACGUUGUACCCCAGUACAUGCCGACUGGUGGAUCAAUAAAUGGUGUGCCAUAUAGCUAUAGCAUGACACCGUUGCAGCAGCCUUCCUUGCCUGGUUAUUCCAUGGCGGGGGCUGCAAUGACUGGCAUAUCCUUAUUUGCCACAUCAUCAACUAAUUCUUACCAGAGUUUCCAAGGUUCUGAAGGUUUUUAUAACCAGACCUCAUCAGUGCCAACGGAAUCGAUUUCUCGACAAUAGAACUCAAGUUGGGAUAUGCGUUAAAACUGAGUUGUUUUUGUUAGAUAAGACCAUUUGGUUCUUCCGAAACUUCAGUCUAGGAUGUGCACAAUGUAAAUUUAUUGUGACAUAUAUUAUCAAUUGUGUUAGUCUGGUAUUUUAAAACUAUUUGUGGCAUUCUUGAAUUGUAUAAGAAAAUCAGAGUUAGGUUAA